CAUGGUGCUGCCCAUCUGUGAUGCCGGCUCCCAUCACGGCCACUGAGGUUGGCUGGGUGGUGAGUGAUGUUACCGUAGGAAGGGGGAAUUUGGAGCAGCUCUCCCACUCUCCGGUGAUGCUUAGACAAAAAGUCUGCAAGAACGUGGCCAGGUAUUUCAAAUCCCAAACUAAAGGGAGGUUCCUGCAUAGGAGGUGCCAAGAGGUAGCACGAGGACAAAUCCUUAGCUUGUCUGAUGACAUGCUAGGCUGAGCACCACAUGCUGGUGUGGCAAGGCUGUGUCAGUUGAAAGGGCUUUCUGGGGCCACGUUACAGCCAGGGGCGUGUGCAAAUGCUUUGCUCUAGCGUUCAAAUGCUUUGUUCCCUGUUGCAGCUGCAGGGACCACAACCGACAUGAAGGCUGCGUUUCUGGUGCUGCUCCUCUGGGCCAUAGCCUGUGCUCACCCGGUGCCCAGCCGCCAGCUUGCCCGCCCCCGCCGCAGCGCCCAGCAGGAGGACACAGGAAGCGAAGACUACAUCAACAAGCUGGGCAACCUCCUGGGUGGUGGAGAUGGCAGACGUCCUCCUGCCAGUGUGGAGAGGGGGGACAAUGCCCUCGCCAGGGACCCAGCAGGUGGGAACGCCGUGGGCGAGGAGCUGAGUGAACAUGGUGGCCGAGACAAUGGAGGAAGAUUUGGGGAGGCUCAGCACCGGAACCAGGUGGACCACAAGGACAUGAGCGCCCGGGUUGGGAACAGCCUCGGUUUCCUGGAGGAAGAUGCGCAUGAUGCUGAUGAUGGUUACAACAGAGAGCACCUCGGCACUGGAGUCAGUGGGCUUCCCUCCCAUGCUGGCGGGCUCCUGGACGAGGAGGACGACAGUGGAGAUGACACCUUCGAUGAGAAUGGGGAAGAGGAGGGGGGUGAAGGUCCUACUUACGUGGGUCGUCCUGAUGGGGCAGGCGAACAUGGCCAUGACACUGGCCGUGGGGACACCGGGGCUGGUGGAGGGCAUGGCGACAGCAGCAGCAGUAGCAGCAGCGAGAGCAUCGGAGCAGACCACCGGCAAUACAGGAGCUACCUUGGCAGCCGGUAUGAGCAGACCUACAGGUGGGGAGGGGGCAGCAGCAGCAGUCAGGAGGAGGAGGAGAGCUACAACUUCGAGGAUGAAGCCAUGCAGGGUGAUGAUCCCUCUGUCUUUGACAGCCCAGGCAGCAGCUACAAGGUGCGCCGUGCUGGCCCCCAUGCCCCAGGGAGGAGCCGAGAGAGUGGCUGGGGGGCUGGCUCCCACCGCUGGGAGGAGGGUGACAGCAGGUCCCCAGAGGUGGAGGAUGCUGACUCAGGACAAGACAGGCCAUCCACAGAGGAUGACAGUCAGUCGGAAGAGCCUGUCACCAGCGAGUCAGAGGAAAACAGUGUCAGCCGCUCCGGGGAGGACAGGGAUGGGGAGGACAGGGAUGGGGAGGACAGCCCCUCCAGGGAGGGAGAGGGCAGCGAGUCCAGGGAGGGCACCACCGACCAGUCGGAUGAAGAGCUGGGGGAGUCCCCAGAAGACAUCUCUCAGGAGGUGGUGAGCACGUCGAGUGAGCGCAGUGGCAGCCGGUCCCGGGAAGGGCAGGAGGACUGGGAGUCUGCUGAGGACAGGAGCGCUCCAUCCGUGCCUGACAAUGACUCUGGGGAAGACGAUGGCGACCAGAGCAAGUCUGGGGAAGAUGAUGGCGACCAGAGCCAGUCCACGGAGGACACUAUGGAGUCAAAGGAGGACAAGAAUGACUCUGAUUCUGAUGGGGAUGUGCCGAACACAUCAGCCGAGAGCCAGAGCACAUCCCCAGAGGAUGACGGCAGCCAAGAGGACAAUGCAGGCGAGGACAGCAGGUCCACAGAGAGCAACAACAGCGAGUCCCCGGAGGACGAUGAUGAUGACGAUGAGGAGAGCCACUCUCAGGAGGAUGCCACCCGCGAGUCCAGCAGCCGUGGGGACAACAGCUCGCUGCAGAGCCUAGAGAGCGGGAGCCACAAACGGCGGCCAGGUGCCUACCGCAACAAGCCCGCUGCUGACUAUGAUGACAACGACUGCCAGGAUGGGUACUGACGAGCGCCCCACAGCUUCGUCGGUGCUGGGGGCGUGGGGGGAGGAGGGGUUUAAUUUAUUUGCUGUAUAGCCUGGUUGACUUCUUCCUGAGAAGGUGUUGCGGAUAAAAUGGAGGCGGGUCCGCCGGGGCUUGACCUGGGCACACUGCACGGGGUGCCAAGUGGGGGGUGAUGCCAGACACAGGGCAAGCGCCAAACCGCAGCAAGAAAAGGCAUUUCCUAUACCAAACUGGAGUGCAGCUGACAGCUGUGAGUGCCAGCAGGGUGACGCUGCCUGCUUGCCGCAAGGGCACGGUGGUGGCUUGGCACUCCGGGAGCUGCGCCUGGGCAUGCUGGGCAGAAAGGCCCCUGUGUUCACCCUUUGUAUUUACCUAUCACUGCCUUAAAAGCGUCUGCCCCGACUCCAAUGGGAGCUUUCCGUUAACUCCACAUCCCGCACAUAAGGAGGAAAAGCUUAGAGCUGGUGUGUGCACGCUGCGCGUGUGCUCAGCGGUGCGUGAAGUACCACUUCA